AUGCCUCCCACUCCGAUCCCAAUGCCCGCUCGCGGCGCGCAUACUGCGCCCAAGUUCGACUCCACGAAGCCAGAAGAGCUUCGUCGUUACUUCGCCGAUGUUGAGUACUUGAUGGGGCUAGCAAAUAUCACUACGACUGAGGAUAAGAAGAAAGCAUGCUCACGUUACCUUUCAGUCCAAGACCAGGAGCUCGUUGAAGGUCUUGACGAGUUCCAUGAUGCCACUAAGACGUACGAUGAGUUUAAGAAAGCCGCGCUCUCGCACUACGCUGGAAACGAUGAGGAGCACUUGUAUACACUCAAAGAUUGGGACGCUCACCUUGGUAGCACGGCCCGCCGGCAUCCACUCCGAGAACGAGCUCGCUGCGUUCUUCCGAACCUUCAGCCACGCAUUCUUGCGUGCUCUCCAGCCCGCCUCGCUUCAAGCGGCUGUGAAGCAACGGCUUCAGAUCAUCCGCCCGAACGUCCACGCGGACGACCCGUAUGCGCCGCCGACCUGUACGAUGCUGCAAAGUUCUGCCUUGCCGGCUCGCCGUCCCUGCUGUUGAACGCGGCACCAACCCCGAGCCCCGCUGAACCUGUGGUCAAGACGGACCCCGAGCUGAAGGCGGUGCUCACCUCUAUAAGUCAGCUUGUUGCCGUGCUCGCCAGUCAAGCACGCACCAAUGCUGCCCCCAGCCAAUCCCCCCAGACACCCAGCAACGCCAACCCCUCCGCGAAUCCCGGCCGCUCCUCCGGACAGCGCCACCCCGGCUGCAGCUAUUGCCUCGACCUCACCCACUUCAUGCGCGAGUGCCAGAAGUUGAUUGAAGAUAUAAAAGCUGGAUUAGUCCGACGAAACGAAGAAAACAAGCUGGUCUUACCCGAUGGAAGAUACCCUUCCCGGGCUCUUGCAGGCCAGUGCCUCCGCGAACGAAUCCUCGCUUGGCACGAGCAGAACCCUGGCCAGAAACUGACGCCCCAGCUGAUCGUCGACGUUGUGAAGAAACCCGCUACCCCCACGCCAGUUCCCUGGGUCGACUCCUUCGUCUUGAGCGACGAGCAACGGCUUGAAGCGAUUGCCAAGGGGGCAGAAGCAAAGGAGACGCCUGACUCGGCGGAGAUCAGCGAUCACCGCCCGAAGGCCGAUCAGCGAUCUGCUCCCGCUGCCACGUCAAACCCCGAUUCUCCUCCUACUCCCACCUCCUCGUCUCACGAAGCCCCGGCCCCGGCCCACGACCACGCGACAGCUGACGCACCAGCCGCCCCUGACCUCACACCACCUCCGGGACCCUUCCCCGAACACCCCUAUGCCGCCGCUCGUGACGCUGCUUACGCGCCGCCAAAAGAGCGCAAUCUUGGCGCUCCUCACAAGCCACCCGUCCGCCCUCCGAUUCACGACCCGCGGAACGCGCAAGACGUGUUCAACGCGGUGCUAGACGCCGAUGUGACCGUCAAGGCGCGCAAGUUACUGGCCAGUCCGGAAGUCUCGGCUCUGGCUCGCCAAUCGUUUACGCCGCGCCCGACCUGCAGACAAACCUGCAGAGCAACUCCUCAACAGCGAGGACCCGCUGCCUCCACUUACUGGCUUCGACUUCGGCCCCACAAACGACCACGCCACGGCGCCGCAGCCGCAAUCCGCGAUUCACUGCCCGAUGCAGUCUCCACUGCGGCCGCAAACCACAACGCGAAUGGCAUCUUUGUGCCAGACGCGUUCGUGGCGCCUCACGACCAAGGCCGCCUUCCUGAAGGCCUCAUCACUUCCGCCAAAACAACCGCCAUCCGCUGCAUACUCCCCAUAGUCGACAAUCAAGAAUAUGUGGAGUCUAUUGUAGACCCCGGCUCGCAAAUCUGUGCGAUGUCGGAAGCUCUCUGCCAUCGCCUCGCCCUCCAAACAUCGAUCCCUCUGCCACCCCUUGAAGAGUUCCUGGAUGUCUCCACUGCUCGCUUGAGAGAGCUGGAGGACACCGAAAUGGCUGAUCCGGAAGAAGAACUCUGA